CACGGCAAGCAAAAGCAGGCAGUCGAUUCGGUCAGUCAGUAUAGUGAGUGAGAGCGAAUCCGCAGCCAGCCAAAAGCAAAAGCAGCGCUCCUCCUUGUGUGUGCCAGAGACUCUUGUGUGUCACAGCAGCGACGAUUCAGGCAGGCAGCAGCUAGAGCACAGGCCCCAGCACAGCACCACAGCAGCAGAAGGAAGAGUGUGUGUUGUUCGUUCGCCUCAUCAAACAGCCGCCAUUUUGACUUGUUCGCGACUUUGGUUUGGUGGAAAGGUUUUUUCGCUGGACGUUCCGUGGCCGAUUUGGCGUCCCGGAGUGGCACUAGGUGGGUCUGGGCCGGGUUCAAUCGACGCGCGCCGGCAUCCCCGACCGUUUAAGGCCAGUUCCGGGGGUAGGUCCGGUAGUAAAAUUUCCGAAAAAUCGCGAUCGAAAUUUUGUACCUAAUUUUCUUCUCGUCGACACUGGACCGACACCAUUGCUUGUGCUGUGUGAGCGCUCACCGAUGUCGGACGCACAUCGGGCCACUUCCGAAGACUGCGACGUCGACGGUGAAGAGAAAUACGACGAAAGCAGCAGCAGCAGCAUAGAAAUCGAAAAGCAGUCGAGAGAGUCGCGCAUUUUGAGGGAAACAUUUUUGCGGAGUUAAAAAUUGGCCGUGGACAAAUUGUGUGUAUUUUCGGGAAAAUUUCCGGAUCAGAAAAUUUUUCAAUUUCCAUCCAGUGACUUUUGGAAGCCCAAGUUCGCAAACAGCAGUGUUGUCUCGGAUCGGAGUGAAAGGAAAAUCGUUAUCAUUGCCGGAUCACGUACGUCCUAAUAAAUAAGACUCAAGAGUGCGGUUCCCCGGGGUAGGGCCCCGAAGAUGUGGCCAUUCAGUGUGUACGUUCGCCGGAGGGCCACCAAGAAGAAAAUUCUUUAAAUCUAUCGUCAUUUCGGUCCGGGGCGGAAAAGCAGUUCCGAUUCCACCCGGAUCAAUCAGUGCGCGCGUGUGUUUACGUUUUUGUCUCCCAGUGGUGGAUCGCUCGCUCGCAGCAGCAGAAGCAAUCGCUGUCAAAAAGUGACAGCGCCAAAAUAAUUCGCGAAUAAACAAACAAAAAAAAAGGCCAGGCGCGUUUGGUUAACAGAGCAACAACACUGAUAAUUAUUUUUUAACAGUAAUGUCCACUGCGAAAUAUUUACAGGCGGAUUGUGACGUUCUUUCCACCAGCUUGUUGUUUACACCGUUUGGGGCCGAUCGCCGUCGUCGUCGUCGUCGUCACAGUCAGUGUUUAUAUUGUGCAUGUUUUUCGAUCGAUUCGAGCCGCGGCGACAACAACGGUAGUGUUCUAGUACUAGCAGCGGAAGAAAAUAGUAUCAACCAUCAGAAUGCCAGAAAAGAUGAAAGCAGAGACAGUGAAAGAGUGCGUUGUUUUUCGUUGUGGAAAGAGGAAAGUGAAACCGAGUAUUGGCGGUCGUAGUGAACAGCAGAAGUAAAUUUUGGUCUAACAAAACUGUGUGCUCGAAGGAAGCGCAAUCCAAAGGAUUAAUCUCUUCGGGAGUGUUCGAGAGUAGUGUUUUUUUUUUCGAUCUAAACGGAGGAGCGCAAGUGCAUUUUUUUUUCUUGUUUUAGUUGUAUCGUGUCGCGCGCGGUGGUAAACAAUGGCCGAUCACAUGGAGGAACCACCGCUGAAGCGGGCCAAGAUGCGAGAUGCGUCCGAAGUGAUCCUCGACCAGAUGUUCGACCUGGAGAGCCACCUCCCGGACGAGCUGAUGGGCGACAAUACGUGGGUCGAUUCGCUGGCCGGAGGCAACAAACCACCCGGACCGGGUCCGGGGCCUCAAAUGAACGGCGGCGACGACCCCGGAGGAACGUCCAACAUGGCCCAGCAGAUGGCGCUGCGGCAACAACAGCAGCUGCACCAACAGCAACAACAGCAACAGCAGCAGCAACAACAACAACUGCACCAUAUCAUGCAGCAGCAGGGUAACAAAAGCAUGGCCGGACAGCAAAUCAUCGGAAUUGGACCGAUGACCAACAAGAGUCCGAAUCUGCUGCCGAUGAACCAGAACAUGGCGAACAAUGUGGUGGUAGGAUCGAUGGGUAGUGCGGCGAUGCUGGGGAUGAACAACAUCCCGCAGAACAACGGCGGAGGACCGAUCAUGACGAACACGGCCAUGGGUCUGAGUGGGGGAGUUAUGAGUGGCGGCAUUGUGAUAAAUAACAAUAUGAAGCAGGGUGGACCGAAUCCGGGAAUGAUGCAUCAGUUGCCGAAUGCGAUGCAGAAUGGCCCGAUGACCAAUCCCGGAAGGAUAGGGAUGUCAGGUCAGCCGGGACAUAUGGCGCGGGGUCCUGGUCAUAUGACCCAAGGGCUAAGAAACUUGAUGCAGAACCACAGCGUCGGAGGCAUGGGCAAUCAGAUGAACCAGAUUGGACCGGGAGGACCGUUUGGGGGCUACCAGCAGGGACCCAACGUAGGUGUGAUGAAUCCCGGAGGACUAGCUCCAGUGCGGGGGUCUCCAGCGGCGAUCAAUCGGAUGCCUAACAUGGCAAUGGCCGGAGCGAGGAUGGGAAACCCUUUGGCUGGUAAUAUCAUGCCCGGAGGAGGAAUUGGUAUGAACGUCGUCAACGAAGGAGGAGUAGCGGCGCAGGCGCAACCUCCGACACCGUCACCGGCACAACCUCAGUCCGGAAUUCCAACGGCCACAGUCCGGCCGCAAACAGCUACUCAGAAUCAACCAAUGAAUCAAAUGAAUCCAGCAGGUCCGGUUGGAGCUGCAGGAACGACACCCGGAACAGCCGGUCAGCAACCUGGUCCCACUCAGAGUGGUCCCGGCAAUCCGCUGCUAGCAGAUCCGGAAAAGCGCAAACUCAUCCAACAGCAGCUGGUGCUGCUAUUGCACGCUCACAAAUGCCAACGAAGGGAGACGGAGAAUCCCAACAGCAAUAAUUGUACCCUGGCGCACUGUCGGACGAUGAAGGAAGUCCUAACGCAUAUGCAGUCCUGUCAGUUGGGAAAGAACUGUCCCAAAACGCAUUGUUCCUCGUCGAGGCAAAUUAUCAACCAUUGGAAGAAUUGUCAACGACAGGACUGUCCGGUUUGUUUACCUUUGCGAGAUACGAACAAGUACAAGCAGAGUCAACAACAACCCGGACAGCAACAGCAGCAACAAAAUCAGCAACAACAACAACAGCAGCAGCAACAACAACAACAACAACAACAACAACAGCAGCAACAACAACAACAACAGCAGCAGCAGCAGCAACAACAACAACAGCAGCAGCAGCAGCAACAACAACAACAACAGCAGCAGCAGCAACAACAACAACAACAACAACAACAGCAGCAACUUAAGAACCAGUUGCAGCAGGGCGUUGGACAGGAUCCAAGCCAACAGCAGCAACAACCCGGCCAAGGUCCACAAGGUCAGCCCGGUCAGAUGCCAGGUCCGUUCAACCAGCUUGGCGGCAAUCAAGUUCAGUGUCCGUCCUCAUCGGCGCCGAAUUCGAUGGGUGGAAACAUUCAAAUGCCUCCGCAAGUUGCCGGUGGAAUGCCAGGACAACAGCAGCAGCAACAACAACCCGGUGGUCCCGGAAUGGUCGGAGGUAUGAGGAGUAUGCCCUUGGGGGCCAAUCAACCGCAAGGAGCCGUUCGAAUGAUGAUUCCUUCGAAUCAGAUGAUGAACAACGUACUCCCGAAUGCCACCAGUGAUGCUUCCAAUGUUGGUCCAGCAGGUGGACUUCCGAUUACCAGCCAAGCGCCUGGUGGGUCUAACCAAAGUAUAACUCAAAUGGCUGCAGCUCUUCAGCAACAACAACAACAGCAGCAGCAGCAGCAGCAACAACAACAGCAACAGCAGCAACCCAAUGCUCAACUGCAACAGCAACAACAAGGUCAAAACCAAUCUCAAAAUAUCAUUCCACUACCAGGUAAUGUCCUGUUCAAUCAGGAUGGCCAGGGGCCAGUCCAGCAACAGCAAGCUGGAGGGGCAAAUGCUGGCGGUCCCGCUGGAGCUAGUGGCAACUUCCCGGCCAAUCAGAUGAUCGCUGCUCCGGUUCAAGGCACUAAAGAUUGGCACCAUUCCGUAACGCCUGAUCUCCGAAAUCAUCUCGUCCACAAGCUAGUGCAAGCCAUCUUCCCAUCGCCGGAUCCCUCGACCAUGUUCGAUAAGCGUAUGUACAACUUGGUGGCGUACGCAAAGAAAGUCGAAGGAGACAUGUACGAAAUGGCCAACUCCAGGUCGGAAUAUUACCACCUACUGGCGGAGAAGAUCUACAAGAUCCAGAAAGAGCUGGAAGAGAAACGCCAGAAGCGGAAAGAACAACAAAUGCAGCAACAACAGCGGCAAGCUCAGGAACAGCAACAACAACUUCAGCAACCGGGUGCGAAUGCCCAAAUCCGGCCGAUGAAUCCGAAUCAAGCACCGGGAAUGAUUGGUCCGGGCAUGGGCGCCAACAAUGUGAUGCAGAUGCCUCGACAAGUUGGACCCAACAUGCUAAAUCAAAACAACCUCAUGCAGCAGAACCGCAUGCCUCUGAACGCUGGUCAACAACCUCAGCAACAGCUGUUCGUAUCCCAACCUGGUCCCAGUCCGAACAGUAUGGGCCAACAGCAGCAAACCGUGCUGCCGGGUGGUUUGUCCCCAUUUACCUCCCAGCAGCAACAGCAGCAAGGCCUCAACAAUCACCCUCCAGGAAUGACGCCGCCUUCAUCGCAACAGAAUGCUACCCAGUUCAUGAAUGGUCCUUCCAUUGCCGACAGCUCACCCAUUGGGUUGCAGCAAUUUAAUGACAUUAUGAAGGCCAAGUACAAUGCCGGACAAGCGGCGGCGGCGGCAGCAGCAGCCCAAAACAACUCCAUGGCUGGCUCUGCCGGUGGCAUGAAUCAAACCGUAGCACCUUCAAUUCCAUCACCAUUCGGCAGCAGCGGAUCCAACUCAAUGCAAUCGAACAACAACAACACCUUCAACGGUAACCAAAUGAUGAACAGCAAUUGUUCCAACAGUGCUCAACAGCAGCGGAAUAGUCUAGGUCAAAUGCCGGUCACGCCAACCAGCGGCGGAGAUCUCCUGAACUCAUCAGGAAAUAGUGUUCCCAUUCCGUCACCAUCGCCGAGCUUAAUUUCAAAUGGACCGAUUCCACCUCCGCCUGUCAGCACCCCGAAUACACCAAAUGUAUCGGCUCUGAUUGCAUCCGCACCGGAACCGACUCCUCCACCACCAAUCUCGUCACCAAUCCCGAUCUCGACACCGCCUGCACUGGGCGGACUAUCCAACAGUAGCAGUAGUAGUACUCCAGCGCCGCAGACGGCAUCAGGAACUUCAAUCACAAGCACCGCCUCCAGUGGGCCGACGACAACGACAACCGCUUCCACAGGAAGCACUACCAGCACAACGCCAUCGUCGUCCCUCACCUGCAGCACCACCGCCACCACCAACAGCAGCUCGACGAAUCGUUCCUCAUCGUCUUCGUUUAGUUCGCAAUUGGCCGCCCUGGAAGCGGCAGCACGUGAUCAGGAUGAAGACUCCCAACCCGGUGGGGCAAACAACUCCGCUGGUGAGUCGAGCGCCAAAGGAGGCAAACUGGAACUGAAACAGGAACAGGACAUCAAAUCCGAACCGGACACGAAUCACAUGGACACCUCGGACAGUGGGUCCGGAGCGGGGGCCGGUGCUGGCAAAAGUGUCAAUAACGACAAUUGUCCCAGCAUCAAGCAGGAAAUUAAGACUGAACCGAUGGAUACGAGCGAAAGUCAGGACGGAACGGAGAAAAAUAACAGCAAACUGGACGUCGUCAAGUGCAAGGAAGAACCGAUGUCACCGUCGGGUACGAGCGGGAAUGCCACUAGCACCACCGUCAACGCCGUCGUCAAGACGGAACCGAAGGUCUUCCCCGAACCAAUCAAAUCGGAUCCGGCCGACACCAAGAAGAAGUGCUCCUUCAACCCGGAAGAACUGCGGGAGGCGCUCAUUCCGACGCUGGAGAAGCUGGUCGCACAGGAACCGGAAUCGAUUCCCUUCCGGUUACCGGUCGACCCGACGACGCUGGGCAUUCCGGACUACUUCGACAUCGUUCGGAAGCCGAUGGAUUUGAGUACGAUCCGCAAGAAGCUGGACUCGGGCCAGUAUUCCGAUCCGUGGGAGUACGUGGACGACGUGUGGCUCAUGUUCGACAAUGCAUGGCUGUACAACCGGAAGACGUCCCGCGUCUAUCGGUACUGUACGAAGCUAUCGGAAGUGUUCGAGCAGGAAAUCGACCCGGUGAUGCAAUCGUUGGGCUACUGCUGCGGACGGAAGUACACCUUCAAUCCCCAGGUGCUGUGCUGCUACGGGAAGCAGCUGUGUACGAUCCCGCGGGAUGCCAAAUACUAUAGCUACCAGAACCGAUACACGUACUGCCAGAAGUGCUUCAACGAUAUCCCUGGCGACAUGGUUACCCUCGGUGACGACCCGAUGCAGACCCAAACUCAAAUCAAAAAGGACCAGUUCAAGGAGAUGAAGAACGACCACCUGGAGUUGGAACCGUUCGUCGUGUGCUUGGACUGCGGCCGCAAGCAGCACCAAAUCUGCGUCCUCUACCUGGAGUCCAUCUGGCCGGGUGGGUUCGUGUGCGACAACUGCCUCAAGAAGAAGGGCGCCAAGCGGAAAGAGAACAAAUCCAACGCCAAGCGGUUACCCACCUCCAAGCUGGGAACCUACAUCGAAACGAGGGUCAACAAUUUUCUCAAGAAGAAAGAGGCUGGCGCCGGCGAGGUGCACAUCCGGGUGGUCUCCAGCUCGGACAAAAUCGUUGAAGUCAAACCGGGCAUGCGGAGUCGGUUCGUCGAAAACGGCGAAAUGCUGCCGGAGUUCCCGUAUCGAGCGAAGGCCCUGUUCGCCUUCGAGGAAGUCGACGGCAUCGACGUGUGCUUCUUCGGUAUGCAUGUGCAAGAGUACGGUUCGGAGUGCGCAGCACCGAACACGAGGCGAGUCUACAUCGCCUAUCUGGAUUCGGUACACUUCUUCCGGCCCCGACAGUACCGUACCUCGGUGUACCACGAAAUCCUGCUGGGGUACAUGGACUACGCCAAACAGCUCGGCUAUACGAUGGCCCACAUCUGGGCUUGUCCACCGUCCGAAGGCGAUGACUACAUUUUCCACUGCCAUCCACCGGAGCAGCGAAUUCCGAAACCGAAACGCCUGCAGGAGUGGUACAAAAAGAUGCUCGACAAGGGCAUGGUCGAACGGACCAUCCAGGACUACAAGGACAUCCUGAAGCAGGCGAUGGAGGACAAACUGCAGUCGGCUUCCGAACUUCCCUACUUCGAGGGCGACUUCUGGCCCAACGUGCUGGAGGAAAGCAUCAAGGAGCUCGACCAGGAAGAGGAGGAAAAACGCAAACAAGCGGAACGCGAGGAAGCGGCUGCCAAUGCGCAGAUAAUGUCCAUGAACGACGACAGCGACACCGGUACCGAUGGCAAGAAGAAAGGUGGCCAGAAGAAGGCCAAAAAGUCCAACAAAUCGAAGGCGGCCCAGCGGAAGAACAACAAGAAAUCCAACGAACAGAAUGGGAACGAUCUGAGCGCCAAGAUCUUCGCCACCAUGGAGAAGCACAAGGAGGUGUUCUUCGUGAUUCGGUUGCACUCGGCGCAGUCGGCGGCUAGUUUGGCGCCCAUCCAAGAUCCGGAUCCGCUCAUCAACUGUGACCUGAUGGACGGCCGGGACGCGUUCCUCACGAUGGCCCGCGACAAGCACUUUGAGUUUUCGUCGCUUCGCCGGGCCCAGUUCAGUACGCUGUGCAUGCUGUACGAACUGCACAACCAGGGCCAGGACAAGUUCGUCUACACCUGCAACAACUGCAAGAACCACGUCGAGACGCGCUACCAUUGCACCGUGUGUGACGACUUCGAUCUGUGCCUCACGUGCAAGGACAAGAUUGGCCAUCCGCACAAGAUGGAGAGGCUCGGCUUCGAUCUGGACGACGGUUCAUCGCCGACCGAUAUCAAGCAAACCAAUCCGCAGGAAGCCCGGAAGCAGUCGAUCCAACGGUGCAUUCAAUCGCUGGUGCACGCUUGCCAGUGUCGCGACGCCAACUGUCGCCUGCCGAGCUGUCAGAAGAUGAAACGAGUGGUCCAACAUACGAAGCACUGCAAGCGGAAGACUCACGGCGGGUGUCCAAUUUGCAAGCAGCUCAUUGCGCUGUGCUGCUACCAUGCCAAGCAUUGCCAGGAGGCUAAGUGCUUGGUACCGUUCUGCCCGAACAUCAAGCACAAGCUGAAGCAGCAACAGCUACAGCAAAGGCUACAACAGCAGCAAUUGUUACGGCGUCGUAUGGCAGUAAUGAACACGACACGAGUAGGAGCUCCAUCGCAACCGCUGGUAUCGAGUAGUGCAAGCACUUUGCCAGGAUCCAGUGGGCCGGCCAGUUCGGCGGGAGCUUUGAGUCCCGCUGGACCGAAUGGAAUGGGUGCGGGAGCCGGUGGAAUCGGUCCCAGUGGAAUAAGCGGCCCGGGAAGUGUCGGUUCAGUGGGAUCCGCUGGUGCAGGCGCCGGCGGAGGCAUGGUCGGUCCGGGCAGUGUCGGUCCCGUUGGAACGCCCGGUGGCAUGAGUCCUUCGGCGGCACCGAGUCCGGUGUCGCAAAUCGGCGGCUUGGGUAGUCCCCAUCCACCGGGUAUGGCGAUGAAGGCGGAAGCUCAACCUCCGCCGAAUGUGAUGCAAGCAUUGAAACAGGUUCAGGAGGAGGCGGCGCGGCAGCAGGCACCCCACGGCAGUUUCGGCAAGGUGAACCCGGGUGGAAGUCAAAUGCCACCGCCGGUGAUGCAACGGGCGAUGGCCGCCGGUGGUCACAUGGGUGGAGUCAGUGGCGUGGGUGGUGUCGCCGGAAUGGGUGGCCCCAAUCAGCAGCAACCGGGCGUCGUCGGAGGUGUUCCGAUGGGAGCCGGUGGUCCGGUGGUCGGUGCCGGUGGACAGAACGUGAUGGCCCAGAUGGAUCAGUGGGGCAAUCCGCGGUAUCCGAAUGCCGGUGGGCAGCAGAAUUCACCUGGCAUGCGACCGAAUCUGCCCGGUAUGAUGCAGGGCCAACAGCAGCCGCAGCAACCGAAUCCGAUGCAGGGCGGCAUGAUGGGUGCCGGCGUGGGUAGCAAUCAGAUGAUGGGUGGAAUGCGACCCGGACCGGGUGGCGUGUGCAUACAGGGACCUGGUGGAAUGGUUGCCAAUCCGCAGCAGGUGGGUCAACAGCAGGGACAACCGUCGCAACUUCCGACGAAUCAACCGAAGGCGGCGAUCGCUCAACUCAUGGCAACGCUCAAGAAUCCCCAGGCCGGACCGGAACAACAGCAGCAGCUGCUGUCGAUACUGAAGGCCAAUCCGCAGCUGAUGGCGGCGUUCAUCAAGCAGCGGCAGCAAAUGGCCCAAAACCAACAGAACCAGAACCAGGGUGGAAUGCCCCAACAGCAGCAGCAACAGCAACAACAGCAGCAACCUCACAACGUGAUGCAGCAUGCGGGUGCCGGAGGCGUUCAGGGUCAGCAGCAAGGUGUCCCUGGUCAAGGACCCGGUGGAAUGCCGUACAAUCCGGCCGCAGCCGGUGGCCCGAUGGGACCGAAUCGCAUGCAGGGCGGUGUCCAGGGCAUGGCCGGCGGUGGUAAGCCGGGAGGAGGCAACCCGCAGAUGCAGCUACCGGUAAGUACCAGCCAAAUUCAACAACAAAUGUGGUACAAACAACAACAGCAGCAGCAACAACAGCAACAGCAGAUGAUGCUGCAGCGACAGUUGGCCAUGGUGGGCGGUGGCAACAUGCAACCGGCUCCCCCGUACCAGCAACGACCUCGACCACAGCAGCAGAUGGGAGUCGGAGGAUACGGCCAGGGAGGCAUGUUCCCCGAUCAGCAGCAGUACAUGCAGCAAGGACUGAAGCCAAACCCCGGCCAGCAGGGUGGUGGAGUGGGCGUUAACGUUCUCUCCCAACAGCUCCAGCAGGGUCCCGGUGGCCAAGUGAUGGGUCCUCCCACGCCGCAGCACACGAUGCAACAGCAACUGAUGCAAACCGUACGGUCACCACCUCCGAUUCGAUCUCCUCAACCGCAGCCGUCUCCGCGGGCCGUUCCAUCGCCACGGGCACAACCCUCGGCAUCGCCCCGGGCGCAACCCUCACCGCACCAUUUGCCUUCCCAUUCGCCAGCGCCGGCCGGUCCCGGUGGUGAAAUGCACAACCACAUGCACCCGCACCAGUCGCCGGUCGGCGUUGGGCCCGGUGGAGGUGCCGGUGGCCCAGGCGAUCCAAACCAAAUGGGUGGCGGUCCGGGUGGAGCCGGUCCCGGUGGCCCCAACGAUACCAGUCCACUGACCGCACAGGAUCAGCUUACCAAAUUCGUCGAGCAGUUGUAGUAGUAUCAUAUGUACUAGCAGCAACAGGAGCGUUAGUAGCUCGACCGCAGCCUUAUUACCUUCUACCACACACACACACAUACACACACACACUGACAACAACAGCAACACCACACAGACAUACAAUCAACACAAUUGGAUGUAAGCAAACAAAAUCAAACCGACGUUUUUUUUUUCGUUUGAACGCUAAGAUGUAUAAAAAGUUAAUGUAAAUAUCCCUCUAAAACCCAAGGAAGAUUAAGUUAAAAUAUAGUCUACGAUUCCCACUACUGUGGAAAAGUAUGCUUAAUUUAAGCAGCAAAGCAACUUUGGGUAUUGGCGACCGCGAAACAAGUAUUUAUUUGGACUUCAUUUAUGUCCCGCCCACUCUGUGUCGGAUUUUGUUCCCAGCAGCAGGAAGAAGCCUAUCAUAAUAAUAGGUAGAGUAAAUAGUGAAUGUUGAUAGCGGUGUAUAUCGGCCUGAAUCGGUCGUCUUCAAAAGGGACGGGGAAAGGGGACGAUAGUCGUCGCCUAUCUCUUAGGUUAGGUUAGAAUUUUUAAUAAAAAGAUAAAUCGUGAAAAACUACGCAAAAAAAAUCGAAAAACUCUUCAAAUGCACGGUGAACAUUCGUCUCAGUGUGCCCAGAAUGUUUCUCCGAAGUGUGAAACAGAACCCUCAAAACUAAAUAAAACAAAUAGUGAAACCGGCAAACAAAAAUUCAAACCACAAAAGCACUUGUGUGUGAGUGUGUAAAUAUUGUCGAUAAUAGAGAUUAGAGAAAGCGCGAGGUACUAUUCUAUAAGCAAGAUAACACAGCAAAAGAAAAUGAUAAACUCUCUCAGUGUGAGCGAUCAACACCAACACCAACCCCAACCCCAACCAUCAAACAAACAGUAGGAAGAGCAAACGUUAGUAUUGAAUUUUACGAAACGUCAAACGGAUCUUAGUUCUGGAGGAGGGAAGAAUGGUGGGUGGUCAAAUUCUCCGGAUAGAAGAAGCCGUGAAAAGUGAUAUUUUUUUCCUGCUAUUGUAAAUGUGUGUGUGAUGCAGUUUAUCGUUUUUAUUUUUUUUUUAUUUUUAAAUAUGAAACUCGAUGCAUUUGCUUUGUUCAAUAUGCUUACAUAUUUAUUCCGUUUUUCGUUUGUUUUGGAUCAUAGGUUUUACGUCAACUUUGUGUAUUGAAAUGUGGGAGUGCUUUUGCGCUGUCAGCGAAUUCAGGGAGAAAGGUGGAUGAGGCGUCAUUAUGGUAUUUAAUAAAACUUCAGCGCUGUUUUGAAGCUUACAAAUGGGAUGGUUUUUCCGUAAUUUGUUUCAUUUGAAAUGAUGGUCGAUUUAUUUUUCAGUUCGCAUCAGCCCUACUAGACCGAGGUUUUUUUGAAUCAUCUGUGCUCAAAUCUAUGUCGCUUCAGGGUCCAGUGAUUAGAUUUGGAUUUAUGGGACCGUUUUUCAUCGGCCUUCGAGAAACUCAGGAACGCCUCUGGACUCGCUUCAAAGACCCUCGGAUUAUCUAAGAAGACAUGUUUAUCAAGGAAGGUCGUCUGAAGAGAGGAUGAUUUCCAGUUGGAUCUAAAUACAUAAACUAAACUUUAGGAAGUGUGUAGUUUUUGGCGAACCGAUGUUCACUCCCGUGACUCUAAUUAGCAAUUGCUCCUCUCGGGUGGUCCAAGGUAAUUGAAGCAUCUAAAAUCAAACCAGAAGCUCCCUCACAACGUUCUAUGGUGCAGGAGACUGUUAGAAUGCCUUAGGAUUUGGAUCUAUAUGAGCUCUAGAAGCGCCGGAACGCCUCUGGAAGGAGUGAAGCAUCAGUUGGUGUACAAGAAGGUGCUUAGAUCAAAUUUCGACUUUGACCUGGUAUUGCGUUUUCCUACCAAAAUAAUGAAUAAAGAGGCAAAAGUUUCCAGUGUGAAGUGUGUUUAUGUCAGACCGGAUAACAUGGUACCUUUUGCUACUAAGGCCCUACUAACUUGACCUGCCAAGCCUCAUCCUUAAACAUAACACUUAUGAAUUUUUCCUGACUCAUGGCUACGCCUGCAUCCGCUUCUUUCUUCUACAUGCAACGCCAGCAAGCGGCAUCAAAUUGGCUCACCGGAUCCAGACGUCAAUCAGGAUUGCGGCGACACUGAUGUGGCCCUCACGAAGACACAGGAGUAAACACGAGUUAUGGAAAUGCUGGUUACCAUCGCCGCUACUAGGCCGCCAACGCCGUUGACGCCUUCUGCGGCCUCUUGUUGAGGGCUUCCUUUGUCGGGAACCAAACGAUGGGGCCUUGUGUAUGUCGUGCCAGUCCUCGCUGUAGAAAUAUUGGUUUAUUGGUCAAUCAAAGCCACUUAAUUUGUGCCAUUUUUGGUUACCUUUUCGCCAACUCGCCCUUGCGGUGCUCCAAAUUUUCGUCUGCUAUCGGGUUGAUGCGGUGACGUGGCUCUGCUGUUGCUCGGGAACUGCAGUGAAAUAACCCGUUCUCAACAGACUUUCUAUUUUCAAUCGGAUUAAUGUGGCUCCGCCGAUCUGCCGGAUCCCUGCAAGCGGACGCCGCCCGUUGGUUUUCGAUGCAGGCCUACGUUGGUGGUCUGUUACUGCACUGCACUUUCACUGCGGGCCAUACAAAUUUUCACCGCGAACCGACGACUUUCACUGCCACCACGUUGAGCCACCAAAUCAAGACUGUUCUGUUCCUCUUCGUUUUCUUCUUUCCCUUCGUCAGCGGAAACCAUCUCGGUUCGCCUUCUUUCGAUGCGUCAGCAGAAGACAGUGACAGUGACGUUGACUAAUUUCUCUUUCUUGCCCAUCUUGAUUAUAGCUGCGUUCUUUUUGCUUAUAUGUUAGCUUACACUCUAAAGGUUUUUUAUUUGAUUUAGAGUUAAAUUUUGAUCGUAUUAACAUUACUAAAAAUGAACGCCUGAUUCUUUCAAAAGAGAUAUCUACACAGCUGGAUCUUCUGUGGAGAAAAUGAACCACUUGGAUACACAUCUACUGGCUAGUUGUCAAGAGAAUUUUGUAGUUGGUACACCCAUCAACUAUCUGAUCUUUAGUCAGAUACUUACGACUUGCUACCGCUUUGUCAACUUCUUUAAAGCCUUGCAGUAUGCUAAGCGAUUUAAGGCAUCACUCCAGGUUCAGUAUGAUUAGGGUCCACCAGGGCACCCAAUUGAAGCGGAAUGGAUGGAGAGAACCUCCUCAUCUUUAUAAUUUCGUGAAUAGAGGGUGGGCCGUUCUCCCUACUCGUUGGGGCAUCCUCCGAUUGGAUGGCUUGUGGGCGAUCUUGCCCAACGUUUUUGACCCUUCAUACAGGGCCUUAUUACGAGUGUCACUACACGGUGAUAAUGAAGUGAUACUCAGAAUAAGAGCCGUGAUUACCGUACAAAUCAAAUGGAAAUGACUUCACCGCGACGACAAGUGACAAGUUUUCACCGUGAAGUGACAUCCGUAAUCAACCCCACAAUGGCAGGUUGAGUACAAUCAGAGGUUAUUAAACUUGAUCAAGUUGAACAGCGAGGACAGUCCAUAGAGUCUACUGACAGUUGUCUUGCUACAGUGAAUGGUUGUGGUUCAGUAUGAUUCAGAGGUGAUCUAAUAUAUUGGACUCCCUUUCACCGGAGGAGGUAUUUUCACAAUCCUUCCAAAGUAGUUGGGACUUUGUGCUUCCCGACUAUGAUUAAAAGGAUCAGGCGUCUUUCAGGUUUUCAACUCUGCUGUUUGGAACAACUUCACAAGGACUUGUGUUGAUGAUCAUCCGACUUUUUCGGCGACUUACACUCACAGCAAAUCUACAGGUUUCGUUCUAGAGGCUUUGUAGAUUGCAUUGCGGAAGUGUUGUAAGGGUUAUUUCAGAUGUGUUUUGAAAGGUGUUCUCCAUUUGCCGAAUGCCAUCAGGUCGAAAUGGAAAUCUUUUCUACUGUUCUAUGAAACCCAUGCGCUUUGUUAGUGUUUCUAUUGGUCUAAAGUAUACCUUAAACAUCCAUCUUGAAGAUGAAUGAGAAAGGAAUGGAACUACGGUUAUGUGAAAUUAUUGACUGAUAAUAGUCUGAGGGGCUGCCAAAAUUGGAUCAACCAUCACAAAAAAUGCCUGAAAUUGUUUUUUUAAAACGAAACUCCCCACAUGUCUAAUUGAGCCCAACUUUGCAUAGGGUCUUUUUUCGAGGCAAUGGACAUUUGGUAUGUGGGUCAUUUAAAAAAUUCGAUGGUUUCUUUUUCCCAUCUAUUUUAUUGGCACCCUAAUGGCCCAUAUUUCAUAGAUGGAAAAUUCAGCUGCAGUAAAUUUUAACCCGAAAAAAUCCUCCACUAAACGGUUUUCAUAUGGCUUACAUUGUCUACGUCCAUGAUCUUCAAAUUUACCAAAGUUCCAGAAUCUACGAAAAUUUUACAAGUCAGAUAUCUUAAGAAUUAUCGAAAAUCUUGACCAAACUUUAAAACUUUUUAAAUUCGGCCUAAUGAUCUAUUCGGCCUGAUGGCCCUACAACUAUUUUCAAUCCCAAAUCCGGACUUCAAUUAUAAGAUUUUUCAGAACUCGGAAAAGUCUUUCAGGUGUCUUCCGGAACAUUCCAGGUUUGGCCUUGAAACUAAACUAUUCCUCAACCCAUUCGAAAGGGUCGCUCCAGAUGGACUUCAGCGUUUCAGAGGCUUUAUGCAGCAGUGGGACGCUUUUGGAACUCUUGUAGGGCAACGAACUAGUCCAAAGGCAAAGGCCUGUGGGAGAAAACCCCGAAGUCUUAUGGGAUAUUGAGAACUGCUCAGAGGCCCUAAUGGAACAUGUUCAAACGCUUUUAAAAGACAAAUCCAGAGGAAAUUCAAACCUUGAUCGGUAAAGGCGCAUUCUGGUUCUCACAGCUUCAGAAGAAUCUCGAUUUUCUGGUUGUUUGGAUUUCUAACGAACUGCUCAUGUUUCAAAGAAGCAGAAAUGCUCUUGGAAAAAUCAUUGCCCAAAAAAUCCUCAACUAAACGGUUUUCAUAUGGCCUACUUCUUAAAACAUUUGUCUACGCCCAUGAUCUUCAAAUUUAUCUAAGUUCCAGAAUCUACGAAAAUUUUACAAGUCAGAGAUCUUAAGAAUUAUGGAAAAACUAAACUUUGAAUUUUCUAAAUUCGGCCUAUUCGGCCUAAUGGCCCUACACCUAUUUUCAAUCCCAAAUCCGGACUUCAAUUAUAAGAUUUUUCAGAACUCGGAAAAGUCUUUCACAUGUGUCUUCCGGGACAUUCCAGGUUUGGCCUUGAAACUUCACUAUUCCUCAUUCCAUUCGAAAGGGUCGCUCCAGACGGACUUCAGCGUUUCAGAGGCUUUAUGUGCUUUUGGACAACGAACUAGUCCAAAGGCAAAAGGCCUGUGGGAGAAAACCCCGAAGUCUUAUGGGAUAUUGAGAACUGUUCAGAGGCCCUAAUGGAACAUGCUCAAACGCUUGAAAAGACAAAUCCAGAGGCAAUUCAAACCUUGAUCGGUAAAGACGCAUUCUGGUUCUCACAGCUUCAGAAGAAUUUCACACAUAAGUUGACGAUCUUGCGAGUCUUGAGCACACAACAAACUUCGGUUCAAAGUCCUUGUGGAGGCUUCGUAGAUUAGAUUAGAUUUCUUUAUUAAAGAGACUUUCAUCCGUGGGUUGGUUCGUCUCCGAAAACCCCAGAAAGAGGUUUCCCUAGUUAGAAAAGCUGGGACUUUCAGAAUUGAACUCCCCAAAUUACAGAGGCCUUUGCCUGGUUGGAAUGAUUUUGUAGGUUCAACUCCUUACCUUACCUGUCAGGCUAAGGGUCUGAGUUUCCUUUGCUAUACGCAGAAGUCGUCGUGGUCCAGAGAGUCACAGAGUCGGAGCAUGGAAAUUAAGCUUCGAGCUCCAAUCCAAAGACUUUAGAAAACAAGUUCUAGAUGUCCUUCAGGCUUAUUCCAAGAGACUCCAGAUUUGAACAAUAACGUCGUCAUUUCUCAUUCCAUUCAAAUCGAUCUGUUAUAGCUGAUCGAAGAAAAAAAUCCCAGGUUUUGUUGGACAAAAUUAUAGGCCUCUGAGGCCUAUUCUGCGCCUCGAGUGAGGUGAGGUGACAAAAGUCACCGCGAGUGAGGUGACUCUCUAUUUGAUUUGCACGGAGAGUCACCUCACUCGUGGUGACUUUUGUCUCCUCACUUGUGACAGCGAGUCACCUAACCUCACUCGCAGCGCAGAAUAAGGGGGUUUAUGGGACCAAUU